AUGUCUUCAGGCUCUCUCAAAGACCUCAUUAAAGCUAUCUCCAAGUAUAAUCAAGAAUUCUCCCUACCUUUGCCAGUGCCUUUACUUGAAAUAAUAUCUUCCUACCUUGAAAGGCACAGUGCUGAUGAUGAAUUGGACUCUCAAAUUCUCCAAGAUGAACUUCUGACAGUUUAUCAAGCUAUAGCCGUUGAAAACUCUGCUUGUCUUAUCGCCUUUCUAGCAGUACUUCAAAGACUGAAGAUAGUUUUGCGAGACUCGGGGAGGCUAUUCCAGUGGUGGAAUCAAAUAUUAACACCCAUCAUUCAAAAUUUCAGUGCUGAGCCAUUGCUGGCUGUGGAAACCAAAAAAAUUCUACUCGAGUUAUUGCUGUACGAUGAUGAUAACGCUGAGGGGAGACAGGUGGAAAAUGCGAAGGCCACUAGCUGCGCUAUAACAGAGAUUCUUCUGGCAAGUUGGCUAGAGAUGACAAAAAAGGCCGACGAAGAGCUAAACGAUCAUGCAAGUACAGUUUCAGACCAGAUUCAAACAAUCCUGAUUGAAUUCGGGAAGAAAAAACCAAGGAACUUAUUGUCAGUACUAAACUCAACUUUUGUACAGCAGGAAACUCGAGUUUUGUCCCUAUCUCUACUCUGUAGUUUUUUCAGAGAUCCACCUCCUCGUCUCCAUGAAAUGCUUUCAACGCCUCUUUUCAUGAAUCUCCUUCGAUGCCUGCAGAGCGACUCUUCUGUUCGAGUAGUUUCUCUAGCGAUGACAGCACUAAUAAUGUUUCUUCCCCAUAUCCCAAGUAUAACCUCGAAACAUUUACCUGCGCUAUUCAAUAUCUACACUCGCUUGCUUUUUUGGGAUAGGGUAAAAAGGGCCGAAGAAUCUUCGUCUCCCGUAGAGAAUGAGGGAGAAAGAGAUGAUACCGCAGAAUUUGAUUGGCCAAAGCUUCACAAUUUUCUCGAUGUUGAUGAUGAAUCUGUACCAGAAAUAUUACAUUUUUUUACCUUUCUUUAUGGUCUUUAUCCGAUUAACUUUAUGAGCUAUAUCCGGAAGCCUCGAAAAUAUCUACGGCAAGCUAAAUUUCCAGGCGUGGAUGAACUCGAUAUCCAACCAAUAGAACUGAUACAAAGAUCAGAGCCUUUCAGGCAAGUGCAUCUGCUACAUCCAAAUUUCCUGACCUUCACCAUUGAUUCAGAACUCAAUGAUAACAAUCGUUGGGUAAAGAGUGAUGCUGCAGAUGUGGUUGCUGAAUGUAUGGCGCUCCAUGUCCCAAGUGAUGAUAUGCAUGAGCCGCCACACAACCCAAAUUGGCGGGCUAUAGAGCCAAAUGAAUUUGUGACUGACCAUCUUAAUAUUCAAGAGAGUUUCAGUAUGUCCCAUCAAGCUCCGUAUCCUGUUAAAAUAAAAUCCAGCUGUAAAUCAGCUGGAUUACCUGAUAGACCGUAUAGCUCAAUAGACUCCCCAAUCGAUUUCCCGAUUAGAAACUCAAAUUUAUCGGACAAAAAUUCUCUUUCUAGCAGUUCAUUUAAAAAAGAGACAAAAAUAAUAAAAGAUACUCACAUAUCCUUAUCAGCCAGAUAUUUAAACAAAAAUGAUACUCUCGCACCUACAAAGCAUGUUAAUAGCGAGGAGCAAAGAAGUAUGAUCGACGACUCUGUCGCUUCUCUCACAUUGACUAAUCAUUCGGAACCCGUCAAAAAUUAUGUAUCAUGCUCAGGCUACAGUAAUUCGUUCCAGUGUUUCCCACAUCACGAAGUUCCCUCCCAUUCUGCCUACUGUAACUCACGCUUAGCGUAUCUUUGCCGAGAAAUACAGCUUCUUAAGAACAACCUCAAUUUUGAGCGGUACCUGAAGCAGCAACACAUCUCCCAUAUCGGUCGUCUGCGGCGUAAGCAGAUAAGAGAAGCCCGCAUAGAAGCCGAAACUCAAAAUGUCAUUACUUCUAACCGUACACUAAAACUAAAAUUAGAAGAAGUUAAACGGCAAAAUACACAGCUCAAAAAAGAAUGUGAGAAAUCCAAAUCUCAUUGUCGCAAAUGGGAAGCACAACUCAGUGCUAAACUACGUUUAUUACGUGAAGAACAGAGGAAAUGGAUCGUCGAACGUGAGAAUCUCACACGAGACAUAAAUACUGCUACCAACGAUAUAGCAACCAUGAAGCAUAUAAUUGUGCAGGCAGAAGCAAACGAGCUGAAAGCUCUACAAAAGGCAACCCACGCUGAGAGUAACCUUGAAGAGCUUGAACAUCUAAGAAGAGAGGUCAGAGAUCUAGUAUUACGUGUCCGUAUAUUUGAGGUUAAGGAGGAGGUAGCCAAGACUUCAAAAAGUGAAGAAAGCUCAGCAGAUUCUCGCAUAUUUAUGCUUGAAGCUGAACUUACAGCUCGUGAUCAAGAACUGAUUGAGGCCAAAAAGACAUUUGAAAAGGAACUCUCACUAAUGCGUGAGCGAGUAUCAGAACAAUAUAAUACAUCACUCAAAUCGAAAAAAGACUGUGUACAAAAUGCAAAUAAAAACUCAGCAGCUGCAUCUCGUACCCGAAUGACAGAGCUACAAAAGAGUUAUGAUCAUUUACUAACUCGUUACUUAAAGUUACAAGAUGAAAACUAUAGUUUACGAAGUAAACUCCCCAAGAACAUCAGUCGAGACACAGAAAAAAUAACUAAUUACGAAAAAUCGUCUCAAUCUUGCUCACUGAGUACUCAUUUAAAAAAUAGCGAAAGUAACAAUUCUUUGCAUAAUUCAAGUGGUAGUUAUCCAGACGACGAUAAUAUUUCCUCACAGCCCACACCAGAACUUCUUGACAGCGGCAAAUAA